AUGGCAGCAUCUUCAGUGAUCGGAGUCAUUGAUGGGAAGUUUGAAAGUGGGUACAUAGUUACAGUGAGAAUGGGUUCGGAGACACUGAAAGGUAUACUUUAUGAAGUGCCACAGCACACUCCAUUGCCAACAUCCCAUCGAAGUAAGAAAUCAGACACCAAAAAGAAAGUUCCUGUUCAUCCAAAACAUAGCAGAAAUGGCUACAAUUUCUUCUAUGCUGAACAGCAUGCAACACUGAAGGCACUUCACCAAGGAAAGGAGGGACAGAUUCCUAGAAUGAUCGGUCAACUCUGGUCAAAGUUAAAAGUAUCCCAAAAAAUGAUUUAUCAAGAGAUGGCUAUGAAGGAUAAAGAAAGGUACAUGGUAGAAAUGGAGGAUUAUUUGGAGAAACUGAAAACGGGUCCAGUUAUCACUAAUGCUGUGCCACUUCGACAGUGGCCGCCCAAACAGGACACAGACAUGUUGGAUGAAGUUGAGACUAACAAAGGCAAUUCAAGUGGAGAAGACUUGGAAGAUGAUUUAUAA